AGCGCCAGAGAUUCUUCCACGCGCAACACCAGCUCUAGAAAUUAAUUGCAGAGAAAAUGGUACUUGCAGAGUCAGAAGAACGUGAUAACGACCUCAAUCUGACAACUAACGAAAAGUAGUCUACCUAAUUCACUUACUGAAAGAAGACCUCGUUAAAACCUCCAUACCUUAAUCAGAAGGCCCUACCUUGGUACAGAAAAUACUGAGUCGUCUCGUUUGUACUCCAAAAAAUGGCCAAAGGCGGUGUAAUAGUGGCCAUUCUGUGUCUACUGGUGUUAUGCGGCAAAAGAGCAGAGGCCACGGACAAGACCAUUGUAUUUUAUAUGCACGACAUAGUGAGCGGAUCGAACCAGACGGCGAAACCAGUUGUUCCAGAUGGAACCACCAACAAUUUGGCCUUCGGUGCGAUUACGGUUAUUGAUGACCUGCUGACACAGUCGGCCGACCCUUCUUCGAGCGUUGUGGGAAGAGGGCAGGGCAUGUACAUCACAGCGGCCCAGGAUUCCUCCACUCUUUUGCUCGUUUUCACGGCCGUGCUUACUAGUCCCGAGUAUAAUAGUAGUACCAUUAGCUUGCAGGGCGCCGACAAGUUAAUGCAGGCGCAGAGAGAUAUUCCUGUUCUUGGAGGAACCGGAAUGUUCAACUUUGCUCAGGGUUAUGCAACAAUGGAGACUGCUUCUCUCAGCGGAUUUAACGCCGUGCUCAAAUUUACCGUCUUUUUGCGUUAUUAGAUGCUUCGGUUCUCGGUCUGGUUCGUGGCUGUUUAUUUUGAACGCCAAAUGUUUUCUGAUGGAGUCUUCGACUCACUGUAAAAGAUUUAGUCAUUGAUUUCAAUAAUAUAUAAAGCUUGAAUUUGAA